UAAUUGAUUUAUUCUUUCUUUCUUCUCUCCUUUGUUCUCAGUGGUGGAGAGAGAUGGGAAGAAGAGCGAUCAAAGGGGUUUUACUUGACGAAUCUGUGCUGUUCGGUCCCGAGAGUGAUGAUUCGUCGCCGAGACUGCGUGAUUCAGUCCCGUCUCUUCUCAGGCUGCUUCGUUACUCCAUGAUCCGAACGGGGAUUUCAUAUGGGAAUGAUCUUCCGGAAAAAAAGGUGGAUUUAUUGAGGAAAACGGCUGCAGAAUACUCAAUUGAUUGCUUAGCUUUAGAGGAGUCUUUGACAAGUGUUACCUUUGGUGAUACUCUCAAAGCAUGGCAUAGUGACGAUAGUAUUCUGUAUGUUGCUUCAAGCAGAAAGGAAGAGAUAUUUCGUGAACUUAGUCCCAGCCAGCUUGUUGUUGUUAUACUCGAUGUUGUCAAAGGUGGUCCAUGUCAGGAUCCUAACAUGGUUCAUAUUGGUAGCCUUGAAGAGCUACCAAUGACUAUCUGCUGCAUGAACAAAAAGGCAAUGGGUGUUGGUGCUGCAAUAAUUGCUUACAUCAUGAAACCAUCUCGGGUAGAGGACUUUGCCAAGAGGGGUGCGUUACCCAUGUACCCUACUUCAAAUGGGUUGAUAUUUCUACCCCUCAUGUUUGAGUUCCCUCUUUCAUCUCAACUCGAACACGCUGAUAUCAUUUUCCACAAAGCAACUGAUGAAAUCUUGUCCAUUCAACUGAACUGCGCCGACUCAAAAUCAUCUGUUGCAGUUACAUUCUCUACCGGCAUGGAGGAACUGAAAAAGUAUAUGGAAGAUCAAAAUGCCUGUGCUGUAGUCGACCCUAUUCAAAAUUUAUAUCCUGUCCUGGACCGACUCAAGAUGCAACAUACUCUUCUUGGAUUAGAGGACUUUUCUGCAGCAGGACGAAAGAUAAGAGGCGCCUGCUUUCUCAAGAUUGACAACUAUAAUGAACCGGAUCUGGCUCAAAACUUGUCAAGAGCUGGACUCUCUCUUCCAUGUAUUGUGAAACCUCAGGUUGCCUGUGGUGUUGCUGAUGCUCAUAGCAUGGCCAUUGUCUUCCGGGUCGAGGAUUUUAAGGAUUUGAACACUCCUGUGCCUGCCAUUAUCCAAGAGUAUGUAGACCAUUCAUCCAGGAUAUUCAAGUUUUACGUCUUGGGUGAAAAGAUCUCUCACGCGGUCAAGAAAUCGAUCCCAAGUUCUGCUAGUCUGAGGAAAACAGCCGAGGAAAACGGUCUCCAACCUAUUCUCUUUGACAGCUUAAAAUCUUUACCUGUUGGUUCCACAAACCAGACCCCGUUAAACGAGAUUGAUCUAGAGCUGGUUACAGAAGCAGCUACUUGGCUAAGAAAGAAGCUUGAUCUCACAAUCUUUGGCUUUGACGUAGUUAUCCAAGAAGGAACAAGAGAUCACGUGAUAGUAGACUUGAACUACUUACCAUCGUUCAAAGAAGUCCCUGCUAACAUCGCAGUUCCUGCUUUCUGGGAAGCCAUCAGAAACAGGUUUGACCAACAUGUCCAAAAGAAGCAUUGAAUCCAAACAUUGUGGGAAAGCGGAAACUCUUCUGUCUGUUUAUUUGGAGGAAUGAUUCAGACAUUAUGAGACCAAAAUAAUUGUGAGAAACAGAAAAAGAUUGUAAUUUUAAGACAAAGUUUUUGUUUUUAAUUAUGUCGAUAAGAGGAAAAAAAGCCACAAUUCUAUAAAUACAAGACAAGGAGACGACCUUUGAGAGUCGA